AAAUAUAUAAAUAAAUAAAAAUCCGCGUUGCGUCUUUUUGACAAAGAAGGUGAUUUUAAAUUUUAUACAGAGCAAGUAGAGCAGUGCGAAGUGAUUUUUGUGAAAUCUUGAAAUCGCGGUAGGGUUUGUUUGUUGAGAAAUUAAUCAAAAACUCAAGAACAAGAAUCUUCAAUGAAAGAUCUUUGUAGAAAUUUCCAGCGAGGCAGCUGUCAAUAUGGAGACAGGUGUAGAUUCGUUCAUCAACAACAGCGAAAAUCUAAUAAUGCCUUUGGAGGACAGCAAAAUACAACUAACAACCCUUUUGGAUUUGGCUCUGCUUCUCCUUCUGCUUCUGCCCCCAACAACAACAACCCUUUUGGUUUUGGAACUCAAAACACCUCCCACUUAAAUGCCCCUCCUCGUUCUGAUUCCAAACCUAACCAAUUUCAGCCUUUUGAAAACAAAUGGACUCGAUCUUCAUCCAAACCACAGAAUGGCCCUCCACGCCAGUCAGAUAACAAUUCACAAGCAGUGAAUCAUAAAUGCACAGAUCCUGAGGUUUGCAAGCGCCAGAUUGUAGAAGAUUUUCAGCAAGAGAAACCACUUUGGAUACUUACAUGCUAUGGUCAUUGCAAAGGUGCUCCUUGUGACAUUCUUGGAGAUAUUAGCUAUGAAGAAUUACGAGCAGCGGCUUAUGAGGAUGCCAGGAAUGGAACGAGUUUGCCAGUAAUUGUUGAGAAAGAGAGAACAAUACUAAAAUCCAAGUUGGUUGAGUUUGACAAACUACUUUCUGAACCCUACAAAAUGCCUCUGAAUUCUUCUCUUGGAGCCAAUGCGAAUACAUUUUCACCAGCCACUCAAAACUACCAAUCUAAUGGAGCCAAUGCAAAUACAUUUUCACCAGCCACUCAAAAUUACCAAUCUAAUGGAGCCAAUGUAAAUGCAUUUUCACCAGCCACUCAAAAUUACCAAGCUAAUGGAGCCAAUGCAAAUGCAUUUUUACCAGCCACUCAAAACAAUGGUCCUUUAGCAGUCUCAAGCUUUAGCCAACUUGGCGCUUCACUGAACACUGGUUUUGAAAGGCCCUCUGGACCACAAAUGACCACUCCAGCGCAGCCUAGCACGACCUUUGGAAAUGGAGGAAACAUUUUCGGAUCCAACACUCAAAAUAUAUUCGGCAGUGGAAUCUCAGGUGCUCAAAGCAACCCCUUUUCUACACCAGUGGAGUUUACAAUGUUUCCAGGUUCAACUUCACAGUUCCAACAACCAUCCACUGCGUUCAAUAACACUAGCUCCACUACAAUGCUUCCAACAUCAGCUGUUCAGCUAAACACGUCCCAAGUAGAGAAUGUGUCCGUAGAUGAAAGUGUCUGGUUAAAGGAGAAAUGGGAUCCUGGAGAGAUUCCAGAAGUAGCUCCUCCGGAUAGAUUUAUUCAGGAUGUGAUUGGAUUGCAGAGUAUAAUCAACUGAUCAAUGAACAUGAAAAGAGGAUGCAAAAGCAAAGGCUCGAUUACAGUUGUUACGAGUCCUUCAUCGAUAUUGAUUAUUGCAAUCAUCUUGAUAUGUUUUUUUUUUCCUGAACAAACAUGAGUGUCAUAUCUGAUAUCUGGAUAGAAAAAAAAAUUAUGUAUUUUUGCAAGAAUCCUAGCUUGCAAGGAAGUAGUUUAUCUUUGUCAAGAAAAAAGAAAAUUACUUUAUCCUUUUUUAUUUGUAACAUGACAAAAAUUAUGCUCCUUAAGAUAGAGAAAUUUCAGUUUUAAGGACAAAUUCAGGUCCAUUUGAUACAAGUUAUGAAAUAUUUUUUUAUC